AGGUCACCUAUAAAAGGCAAGGGAUGCUACCAGCACGUAUUGAAACCACUUUGUUUGUGUCUUCAUUUUUUAGGGAACAUCCCCUUCUCUGCGAUUUAUAACACUCAAGGAUUUAAAGAGCCCAACAUUCAGACGUACCUCUCUGGCUGUCCCAUCAAAGCGCAGGUUUUGGAAGUGGAGCGCUUCACCUCUACAACAAGGGUGCCAGGUGUCAAUCUUUACACCAUUGAAUUGACACAUGGGGAAUUUAAAUGGCAGGUUAAGAGGAAAUUCAAGCACUUCCAAGAAUUCCACAGAGAGUUGGUCAAGUACAAAGCCUUCAUCCGAAUCCCCAUUCCCACCAGAAGACACACAUUUAGAAGACAGAAUGUCAAAGGGGAGGAGCCUCGGAAUGUGCCCAGGCUGCCCCAUUCAUCUGAAAACGCGAUGAGAGAAGAACAGUUCUUGGGAAGGCGGAAACAACUAGAAGAUUACUUGACAAAGAUACUGAAAAUGCCCAUGUAUAAAAAUUAUCAUGCCACAACAGAAUUCCUUGAUAUAAGCCAGUUGUCUUUCAUCCAUGAUUUGGGACCAAAGGGCAUAGAAGGCAUGAUAAUGAAAAGAUCUGGAGGACACAGAAUACCAGGUUUGAAUUGCUGUGGGCACGGACGAGCUUGCUACCGCUGGUCAAAAAGGUGGCUAAUUGUGAAAGAUUCCUUUUUACUCUAUAUGAAACCAGACAGUGGGGCUAUUGCCUUUGUCCUGCUGGUGGAUAAAGAAUUCAGAAUUAAGGUGGGGAGAAAGGAGACGGAAACAAAGUAUGGACUCCGAAUCGAUAAUCUUUCAAGGACACUUAUUUUAAAAUGCAACAGCUACAGACAUGCUCGGUGGUGGGGAGGGGCUAUAGAGGAAUUCAUCCAGAAACAUGGCACCAACUUUCUCAAAGACCAUCGAUUUGGGUCUUAUGCUGCUAUCCAAGAUAACACUUUAGCUAAAUGGUAUGUUAAUGCCAAGGGAUAUUUUGAAGAUGUGGCAAAUGCAAUGGAAGAGGCAAAAGAAGAGAUUUUUAUCACAGAUUGGUGGUUGAGUCCAGAGAUCUUCCUGAAACGCCCCGUGGUUGAAGGAAAUCGCUGGAGGUUGGACUGUGUUCUGAAACGAAAAGCACAACAGGGAGUGAGGAUCUUCAUAAUGCUCUACAAAGAGGUGGAACUUGCUCUUGGAAUCAAUAGUGAAUAUAGCAAGAGGACCUUAAUGCGUCUACACCCCAACAUAAAGGUGAUGCGGCACCCGGAUCACGUGUCGUCCACCGUCUAUCUGUGGGCUCAUCACGAGAAACUCGUCAUCAUCGACCAGUCAGUGGCUUUCGUGGGUGGGAUUGACCUGGCCUAUGGCAGGUGGGAUGACAAUGAGCACAGGCUGACGGACGUGGGCAGCGUGAAGCGUGUCACCUCAGGGCCGUCUCUGGGUUCCCUCACGGUUGCAACAACAGGGUCUAUGGAGUCUUUAAGUCUCGAAGAUAAAAAUCAAUCCAAUAAAAAUCUGCCCAUCCGGAAGAGUUUUGAUGAUGUGGAUUCAAAAUUAAAAGGAAUAGGAAAGCCAAGGAGGUUCUCCAAAUUUACCCUCUAUAAGCAGCUCCACAGGCACCACCUGCACAACACCGACAGCAUCAGCAGUAUUGACAGUGCCUCCAGUUAUUUUAAUCACUAUAGAAGCCAUCAGAAUUUAAUCCAUGGUUUAAAACCCCACUUGAAACUCUUUCGCCCGUCCAGUGAGUCUGAGCAGGGACUCACUAGACCUGACAUUGACGCUGGCUCCAUCCGCAGUUUGCAGACAGGCGUGGGCGAGCUACAUGGGGAAACGAGAUUCUGGCACGGGAAGGACUACUGCAACUUUGUCUUCAAAGACUGGGUCCAGCUCGAUAAACCUUUCGCUGAUUUCAUCGACAGGUACUCCACUCCCCGGAUGCCCUGGCACGACAUUGCGUCCGCAGUGCACGGGAAGGCGGCUCGGGAUGUGGCGCGUCACUUCAUCCAGCGCUGGAACUUCACGAAGAUUAUGAAACCCAAAUAUCGGUCCCUUUCUUACCCUUUCCUGCUGCCAAAGUCUCAGAUGACAGCCCAUGAGCUGAGAUACCAAGUUCCUGGGGCUGUAAAUGCUAAGGUGCAGUUGCUCCGGUCUGCCGCUGACUGGUCUGCUGGGAUCAAGUACCAUGAAGAGUCUAUCCACGCUGCUUACGUCCAUGUGAUAGAGAACAGCAAACACUAUAUCUAUAUCGAGAACCAGUUUUUCAUAAGCUGUGCUGAUGACAAAGUUGUGUUCAACAAGGUGGGCGAUGCCAUUGCCCGGCGGAUCCUGAAAGCGCACAGGGAGAACCGGAGGUACCGGGUGUAUGUUGUGAUACCACUUCUGCCAGGAUUUGAAGGAGACAUCUCCACUGGCGGAGGAAAUGCUCUGCAGGCCAUAAUGCACUUCAACUACAGAACCAUGUGCAGAGGAGAAGAUUCCAUCCUUGGACAGUUAAAAGCUGAGCUGGGUAAUCAGUGGAUAAACUACAUAUCAUUCUGUGGCCUUAGAACGCAUGCAGAGCUAGAAGGAAACCUGGUCACUGAGCUGAUCUAUGUCCACAGCAAGUUGCUAAUUGCUGAUGAUAACACUGUUAUUAUUGGCUCUGCCAACAUCAAUGACCGAAGCAUGCUGGGUAAGCGGGACAGUGAGAUGGCUGUCAUUGUCCAGGACACAGAGACGGUGCCUUCCGUCAUGGAUGGGGAAGAGUACCAGGCCGGCCGCUUCGCCCAGGGACUCCGGCUACAGUGCUUCAGGGUUGUCCUGGGCUAUCUUUCUGACCCCAGCGAGGACAUUCAGGAUCCUGUGAGCGACAAAUUCUUCAAGGAGAUAUGGGUUUCAACAGCAGCUCGAAAUGCUACAAUUUAUGAUAAGGUGUUCCGGUGCCUACCCAAUGACGAGGUACACAACUUAAUUCAGCUGAGAGACUUUAUAACCAAGCCCAUAUUAGCAAAGGAAGAUCCCAGUAGAGCUGAAGAGGAACUGAAAAAGAUCCGCGGGUUCUUGGUGCAGUUCCCCUUUUAUUUCUUGUCUGAAGAAAGUCUACUGCCUUCCAUUGGAACCAAAGAAGCCAUAGUGCCUAUGGAGGUUUGGACUUAAGAAUUACACUCAUUUGCAGCUUAAGGACUUCACCCUGAAGAUCACACUGCACACAGACUCUUUCUGGGGACCUCACAGCCAUAGCUGUGCUGGGUAUACCCUUGGGCCCAACCCAGGGACCCUUUGGAAUUGCUGAGAAGGGCUGCCCUCGUGCUGAUAUAAGGACACUGAAUGUCAGCAUGGCUUUAUCAUUCCUCUUGCCUGCACUUGUGAAAAGGGGACUGCACUCCUGUUGGCAGCACCCAACAACUCAAAACACAUCAUCAAAUUCCAGAACACACACCAGAAUCCAUCUGUGCUAACGAGACUUCACUGGCGACUGUACUCCAAGUCCUGAAGAGCUGUCUGGACCUCUUCUCAUCUUUCCUUACUUUCAUCUCAGCAGCCAUUGUCUGCUGGAUCCGCUGUCAUCUCCUCGUUCACGUAGGCACUGUUGAGCCACCGUUUGUUUUUAGGAGACGUGAGGUUGAUCAAGAUCCUUAAAGGUUUAAUGGGAUGCUCCUGCUCAUCUGGUCCAAAAGUAGUAGUGUUCAUGCCUCCAAGGGUUUGACCAUUAUUCUUUUCAGUUUACUGUGAGGACAGGACAGAAUUUGGUCCACACAGUAGCCUGUGUUAGGAGUUUCAGAUAACACUGGCACUAGAUCUUAACACACAGAGCAGCAGAAGGAAUUAAAUUAAAUUUUGAAGCAGAGAUCUCACUUUGUUCCUAAAGGCACUGACAAGAUGUGUCCUUGUGAUAGAGAUCACCUGAUCACAUUCGAUAGUGUGUAGGGUGUUUGAUUACACAGAAAGCAGAUAACAGAGCGUUUAACCUUCAGAAACCUCCCAGGUGUCAGUGGGGAUCUGAUCCAGAUGACAAAAGAAGACUCCUCGUCCUGUAAAAUUUCCUGUCACCCUUAGCCACUGGAUUCAUUGGAACUUGAAUUUCUCAAUUUCAUAAUCAAACCAUUGAGUACAAUUUGUCUUUCUAGAGAAUCAAAAGCUUCGUAAUUCCUACCAAGUUAACAAAUACGAGCCUAACCUUAUUUGACAUUCAGCUCUCCCACUCAGAGCUGUUCUUGAAGAAAAAGUAAUCAAUUACAAGAUAUGUUCUGCUUCACUUGCAUUAUUAAAGGUUCAUUAACAUUCCAACAGGGCUUCCAAAAAAGUUAGAAUAUUUAUUAAUCCACGUUGUGCUUCUGGAUAAAUUUUUCUGGAAACCCAUUAUUUCUUUUCAGAAUUUAGAAUACCCCUUGGUUGAAUAAAGAUCAAAUUUUAUUAGACAGAACUACAGUCCAGUCCAAAGAGCUGAUGUGGGUUCCCAAAAGAUCUGCCACCUUCUGGUGCACGUGCAGGAACCGUGACUGCCUGGGCAGACUCUCGUUUGGGCUGUUCUUUAGAGAAGCAAGCACUCAGUUGCUUUCUGCAGUCCAAAAGGUUAAACAGGAGCACAAAGUCCAGGAUGUGAGUAGACGAGAGAGGCAGUGUCGUGCCCAGGAGAGGAUUUCAUCACCAGGGAACAUUUCACAAGUGAGCUAGGAUUCCUAACAAUGGAAACGACAAUGUUCUUAUGAAUAAACUACUUCUCCUGUGGAUAAAGAUGAUAAAAGAACCUCAUUCUGUAGCAACUAUAAUUAAUACAUGUGAUAUUUAUGAAAGAAGUUUAGAUUGGUGUUUGAAGAAUUGUGUAUGUGGAAUACUUACAGAUUUCUUGCAUUUUAAAUAUUUUUUAAAAAUUUUAGAACAGGCCGGCGCCGCGGCUCACUAGGCUAAUCCUCCGCCUAGGGGCGCCGGCACACCGGGUUCUAGUCCCGGUCGGGGCGCCGGAUUCUGUCCCGGUUGCCCUUCUUCCAGGCCAGCCCUCUGCUGUGGCCAGGGAGUGCAGUGGAGGAUGGCCCAAGUCCUUGGGCCCUGCACCCCAUGGGAGACCAGGAAAAGCACCUGGCUCCUGGCUCCUGCCAUGGGAUCAGCGCGGUGCGCCGGCCGCAGCGCGCCGGCCGCGGCGGCCAUUGGAGGGUGAACCAACGGCAAAGGAAGACCUUUCUCUCUGUCUCUCUCUCUCACUGUCCACUCUGCCUGUCAAAAAUAAAAAAAUUAAAAAUUAAAAAAAUUUUAGAACAGUCGGCAAAUUGGAUCCUGACUUUAUACAAGAUGUUUCAAUAAGACCAUGAAAAAUAAAAUCCUAAGAGAAUUUUGUCCCUUAAUAAGCCAUUUAAUCCAAUCCCUUCCCAUUUUUAUAGGUAAGGGAAGUGAGGCUCCAGUUGGGUAAAGGAUUCCUUUAAAUCCACCCAAUGUAUAGAUGGUGGAGCUGGACUAGAAAAUUGAUGUAGCCUGUUCUUGGCCUCUCUCCUCACUUCAUCAUUGCCCAAAAAUGAAGACAUGCAGCCUGCAGAUUGCAGGAGGGAUAUCUCUAAGCCAUUCUGGAUGCCUGUGAUGAUAUCUAUUUGUGUGUUUGUCUCCCCUACUAGAAUGUAAGCUCCAUUGGGCAGGAACUUGACUGUAUUUUUGUUCCUGUGUAUCCACAGAGCCUGGUAUGGUACCUGGUUUAUAGGGCAGGUGAAUACAUGUUUGCAGAAAAAUAAAUGAAGUGGGAAAGAAAGCCAACAAAAUGAAAAUGUACUGACUCUCACACAAGGACUCUGACUGCUGGUUUCUGUGGAAAGUCUGUUUUCUCCUGCGUCUUCUCAAAGGCAAGACGCUCAUCUGUGAGGAGGCCACACGAUUUACUUGAGGAUAGUGUGGGAAGUUCCGUGCAAUAAUGGCAUCUUUUGCAGUAGCAGUUUACAUAAUGCAGCAUUCUGCAAAAUUCUCAUGGGAUAUGGACACGAGCUGUACUGUAUGACCCAGUUACCUGUCACCCUCAGACACUACUACUACCUACUAGAAGUUCAAAUAAUCUCUCUUUAACAUUGCAAUGUCUGAUAAAAACUUGCAAAUGUAAACAAUACAGAGUCUUGACAAGCUAUUAUCCGUUCAACAUUUCAAAUUGACUGUAAUCUUUUGAAAUGCCUAUAAAUGCUAUACCUGACAA